AUGGAGAAGCAUCCCUGGCCUGAGCACGAGCCUAAAAUUACCUUUGGGGCAAGAGCGGUCGAGUGCUCCCACCAUGAUGACGGUCUGGUGAUCUCCAUUCAAAUCGGCAAUGCCCGAGUUAAGAGGGUGAUGGUUGACACUAGGAGUUCCGCCGACGUCCUCUACUUUGAUGCCUUUGAGAGGCUCGGCUUGACCCAAGGAGAUCUUACCCCUGUGAUGUCAGCUCUUACAGCGUUCGUUGGGGAUUCCAUCUCUCUGCUCGGGACCACAAUGCUCCCCAUCACCAUCGGGGAGGAACCGAGGGCGAAAACAAUAAUGACCACCUUCAUGGUGGUCGACUUGCCCUCGGCCUACAACGUCAUCCUCAGUCGCCCGACCCUCAACAGGAUUCAAGUGGUAGUCUCCACCUAUCACAGAACCAUCGAGUUCCCAACCUCAGCUAGGGUUGGGGAGGCCCGAAGCAACCCGAGGGAGUCGAGGCGAUGCUACCUCACCGCGGUUGCUCUCCCAGCAAAGCCGCACUCAACCUCAGUUCCCGACCCUCGUGAAGCACCUGUACCACAAGUGACGCUGGAGCCCCCAGAGCCUCUUAUCAAGAAAGCUGACCUAUUUGUGUGGUCCCCCGAAGAGAUGCCUGGGAUCGACUCAGAGGUGGCGCAACACCAGCUCUACGUCGACCCUAGGGCGCGGCCGGUAAAGCAAAAACUAAGAAGGUUCGCCCCCGACCAGCAGAGGGCGAUCCGAGACGAGGUCGAUCACCUUAUAAAGGCCGGGUUCGUCACCGAGGCAUGUCCCAAGGACUGCUAUCCACUCCCCAGGAUAGACCAACUGGUUGAUGCCACCGUUGACCAUGAAUGCCUUACGUUCCUGGAUGCGUUCUCUGGCUACAACAAAAUCCCGAUGGCGACCCAAGACCGAGAAGAUACUGCCUUCAUCACCAACCAGGGGGCGUAUUGUUUCAAGGUGAUGCCCUUUGGCUUGACGAACGCUGGCGCGACCUACCAAAGAAUUGUCAAUAAACUUUUGAAACACCAGCUCGGGAGGAACAUUGAGGUGUACAUAGAUGAUAUGAUUGUAAAAAGCAAGGUUACAGGGACACAUUUGGUCGACCUGGCGGAAACAUUCCAAACGCUCAGAUAG